CAGUAACUGGGGUCAGAGUGGAGCUGAGUGUGUGUGUGUGAGUGAUGGAAAAACAUAAGGAAUGGAGAACAGAGCCAAAGACACCGAAACAGAGAUGUUUUCUUUAUUUUAUUUCUACUCCACUCAUUCAUUCAUGCAUCAGCCCUGCCCUCCUCUCACCAGGUGGAGGGACAAUGACGCUUGCUGCCUGACUAUCUCCUUUCAUCAUCAUUCCCCCUCCCCCUUCAUCCGUCUCCCACUACAGCUGGAUAAGCCAACCAAUAACCAGCUUGUCUCUCUCUUACAGAACAGGGAUUUGAAGAUUGCAUCCUCACAUUUUUAAUCUGAUGUAGAAGAGGAUUAUCUCAAGGUCUCCUCCAUCUUGUGCACAGCCGGGGGCUGCUGAGACAAAGGAGGGAAAGUAGAGGAGGCUGUGGAGGAGAAAAAAGAAGGAUCUCAGGCAGCGAGCUGAAUGCUGUGGAGUUAAAGACAGAGCGGGAGGGAGAGGUCACCUGUGGAAGAGAGGAGGGGGAGGUUGAUGAAGGCUUUCUAAGGAACUGCAUCCAUCACUCCACUCAUCUGCAAGGGAGAUGAAAGAGGGGAGGACUGCGCGUCAGCAGCAAGUAGAUCACUGUGAAAGGUCUUUGAUGGCAGAGGCCGGGCAUCCUGUGAUGGAGCAGUACCAACAAGGGGGAAGUGUUUCCAUGGAAUCAUCUCUCUCUGGUCAGACCCUCUUUGAUGCCUCCUCACAGUCAAUAAAACCCUCCAAACUAGCUGGGCAGCCAGGCCAUGUCUGCCAGGAGGAGCCACAGGAGUCUUUCAGUAAGAUCUGUCCAGCAACUCCUGCGAUCAGAGAAACUACCUGCAGCAGUGUGAAGGUCAGCAGAGAGCCUGGUGAACAGGAACGAAACCCCUCUAAACACUGUGUGCCCCCCUGGGAUUCAGCAUCUCCUCCUAAUGUGGCUAACAAAUAUACACCCUCAUAUCACCACAAGAUAACAGGGACUACAACUGGUGACCCCCCUCCGGCCAACAGGACUCUACAGAGUAUAAAGCCAGCCUCUUUGCCUGUUCACAGGAGUCACUCGGAUACUUUCCCUCUGGUUAAAGUGGCAGUACCUCCCCAGGUACCAGACAGUGGCAUUUUUGAACUUGUUUACCAUGGAGCAGAUAAGAGUAUCCAAGAGGUUGAGAGUCAACGCACAUUAGCCUGCAAGCAACCCAUGCAGCUGCAACAGUGCAACAUUGUCACCACUGUUUGCCGAGGGACCAGUAGUGGAGAGAGUGGUGUUCAGCAGCCUCAGAGCAAGUGUGUCUGUGUCUUAUCCACUAAGACAGAAGUCAACAUGGGGGGCAAUGAAGACAAGUGCCACCUUCUUCCCAAAUGUGACAAGGAACUCUGUUAUGGCUCCUACAUCCAUCAUGCCAAUUUUGAAGACACAUUUGCUGCCUACUGCCGUCCCAAGCCCAUCCCAGCCCCCUCCCAGCUGCUGCCACACUUGACAGGCAUGGAACCAAGCAGUGACAUGCAGCGAGCCACAGCACCUCCUUCAGUGACAAACCACCUCGCCCUGCCUCGCCUCAUCUCCUCUGUCAGUGAGACAGGCCUGGAUGCCAAACAUCUGCUGCGAUGCUGCGACCUCAACUGUUCUUGGAUCAGCUCAUUGCCUCCUGGUGCUGGGCCACCAUGCCAAAAACACUUCAGGGGAGAGGAUUGCUGCAGCAGUCCCAUUGGCUAUGUGAGAAGCAUGACCCGGGACAUUGGGACACUGACAACCCCUAGAGAGCUGAGGGAUGUUGGGGUGCAGACAGGACAGCCUGUCACACCUCAUGUGUUCCCCCAAAUCUGUUUGGCAGAGGAGAGCAGAAGUGAGACCUCCUGCAGCAACACUCCAUCAUUGACAAACACUGACAGUGAUGCAGGCAAGAAAACAGAUGGUGCUCCUAAGUCCCCAGUGAAGGAGGUGAAGUGGGAUGCAGAAGGGAUGACAUGGGAGGUGUAUGGAGCCUCCGUGGACCCUGAGGAGCUGGGUCUAGCCAUCCAGAAACACCUGGAGCUGCAGAUCAAGGAGACAGCGAGUCGGGCUGCCAAGCUGUCACGCCAGAAUACUAACACCUCCCGGCAGAGUGGGACCACCGGCUGUCAGAGAAAGAGGAGCAGAAUGAUAGGCUCCAUUCGAACCUGCUUUACUAGCACCACUACAGCUAUCGACUGACUAACUAGCUUAGUGACGGAUGGGACGGUACCUGAACACUGUGUUUAGUGGCCUGUAUGGCUACUCAUAGCCUCAGCCUCAAAUGUCACUCAUCUGAUCUGAAGGUGUAUGGAAGAUGGAUCUGCAUACAAGAUCAUACAAGGUCACUGAUGCAGGUCCACAUUUAAUGGUGUCUGGUAAUUUUAUUAUUAUUUUAGUCACUGAAAUCAGAAGACAAGGUUCUGAAAAGGGAACUAAUGAUACGCCAAUGAACCGUCACUUGUUUUGAUUUUUGCAGAUGUGCACUACCAGUGUUUUCAGAGGGUCUCUCCUUGCAAGUGGGUCUAUAUGAUCAAUUACCUCCAGGGGAUUGGUACCUGAAAAAACACCUGUACAGUGCAAAGCAAUCUGAUACAACAGUCCUGCAUUAAACACGACAAUUAUCAUUAGCAAUAUAUGGGUUGGGAAAUAAUAUGUUUUACAGUGAUACAAUUCAGGAUAUAGGUUUCGGUAUACCUCCCCCUGCUGACUGGGGCUCCCCAUGGUGGUUUGGUUCUUGAGUGACAGGCAGUGACACAUCAGUAGACACCUGGCAAGAGGAGCCAUUGACAAUUUCUUAGCUUAACCUCAGACUAAUCCCUCAUAGCCCAGUCUACAACCUCACAAACAAAUGAGCUCCUCUCUUACACAACAACAAAAACAUUACAAGCACAGACAAAGAAAAUAAUAACAAAAGAAAAGUAAAAAAGUAAAAGUAAGGGAUAAAUGAAUCUGAGUAGUCAGAACAUGGAAACAUGAUGACUUAUUGAGUAAAUGAUGAACACAUUUAAGUACUUACAUAUGAUUGUAUUUCACAAGCAUGAUUUAAACUCUCUAGGCUUGGUACAGCAAUGCAAUGAUUUUCAUUAUCAGUUUUUGUUUUGGAUGUGAAAAGAGACAGUAUUUUCUUCUCUUCUGUAUGAGCAUACAGGGGCAUCAUCAAUCUAAAACUAUUGGUUUUUUUCAAAUAUACAACACAGAAAGCCUAACAACACUGGAACAUUUAAAAGGUUUUAUGUGUAACAUUCAGAAAACAAUCAAUCAAAACAAAACAAUCACAUACUGCUCGCGCUCUCACGUGUUGCGUGUUAACGUGAUGCUCAGACUGAGAAAGAAAUUCAGCCCUGGAUGGCAUUCCCAGUGUACCUUUCUAUCACCACCAGAAUGGGUUGAGUUUUGAAUGGGAAUAAUUGAGUCUGCAGAUGAGAGACAUUCUAGGUCACAGUUUCACGACCUGGAAUUUUCCACUGGAACUCACAUGCAGCACCUUGAAUGACAGGCACACAGAGAGGGGCGGCAAAGAAACUGACAGGGAUACUAAAGACUUCUGAUAGCCGUCCCACUUUACAAGACUUAAAGGGAUAGUUCACCCAAAAAGGAAAAUUCAACUCAAAUACGACUCGAAACUUUGUCAUUUACACCAUGUUUUCAGCCUAAAUGUCCGCUGUGAUCCACGUGCGAACGCGGCUCCAGAGGGGGAUAUCAGAGGAAAUGUAAGGCUAAAAACUUGGUAUAAAUGACCCUAUUUCGAGUGGAAUUUGAAUGUCGGGGCUUAUGGACACUUGGAUUACAACACAGGAGCAGUAUGGAGGCAUUUUAUGUUUUUUUAUGUCUGAAGAAUCGAUCACUAGGGAUGCACGAUAUGGAUUUUUCUGGCCGAAACCGAUAACCAAUAAUUACAUGCUUCACAUGGGCAAUACCGAUCAUAAUUUCCCGUUUCUUAAAAAGAAGUUCAUAGCCUUUAGUUUAUGCACACCUCAGGGUAAAAUUUCUAAAUAUAUUAAGCAAAUAUGGAUGAAUUAAUAUUCCAUUAACACAACAAAAGCCGUUCUGACUCAGUUCUGAGAGUUUAGUGAGGUACAUCAGAAAACGUCAAACAACUUUAGGUUGAGGAGGAAAAUUUCUCCUUCAAAAGAAUUUAAAUUAAAUAUCAAUGUAUUAAAAUAGAAAUUCAGAUAAAAUACUGAGCUGCAUAGCUAGUUGCCAGCCACUUUAAGUGUAAGAGUUUGUAGGUUCGCUUUGGUCUUUUUUUUUUCCAGUAAUGCUGGCUGCAAGCGCCUCGUAUUCUCGCCAUAGAUCGUUGUUGCGAUGACGGACUCUAAGGUCACUUAUGAGAUUGGUAGUGUUAAAAUUGUUCUCCCACUUUGAACGUUUGCACAUUUGUUGCAAAUUGCAAUCCUCAGGAAGUAUGAAAAACUUCCACAACGACCACGCAGUUUUCAGUGCCGACGUUAACACAUCAUGCUGGUAUGGACAUUCACGGAUUUAUGAGGUCAUGAGAGCGACCAGGCACGCUGUGUUUAUCGCACGUUUUAUCAGAAAUAAUUUCCAACUUUUCUUUGCGUAUUUCACCAGUGGCAAGACGUGAGGACACAAUGGGAUUUAGGAAUGCAUACUUUAGGCUGAACUAUCCAAUAGGAUGCGAACACCUAUAUAUAACAUAGAGAGUGACGGCAAUUCUA